AUGGCUGCAGCAUUGCGAGCUUUGUUGGUGUGUUUUGCCGCUGCUUUGUUGAUGGCAGCCGCAGAAGCGCAACUCAGCCCCAAUUUCUACAAGAAAGCAUGCCCCAAGGCCAUGCCCGCCAUUAGAAGGAUAGUGAAGGAAGCCAUCAAGAACGAGACUCGAAUGGGUGCAUCGCUGCUCAGGAUGCACUUCCAUGACUGCUUCGUCAAUGGCUGUGAUGGAUCGAUACUUCUGGACGACACUGCAAACUUUACUGGGGAGAAAACCGCACCUCCAAACUUGAACUCGGUAAGAGGUUUUGAUGUGGUUGAUAAAAUCAAGGCCGAAGUUGAUAAAGUAUGCAAGGACAAUGUCGUCUCAUGCGCCGAUAUUUUGGCUGUUGCUGCUCGUGACUCUGUCGGCAUUUUGGGAGGUUCAAAGCACUUCUACCGCGUGAUGCUGGGACGGAGGGAUGCGAGAACGGCGAGCAAGUCCGCCGCGACCAACAACCUGCCGCCUCCCUUCUUCAACUUCUCGCAGCUGCUCUCCAACUUCAACUCCCACGGCCUCAACCUCACCGACCUGGUCGCCCUGUCCGGCGGCCACACCAUCGGCGUCUCCCGCUGCACCAACAUCGUCAGCCGUAUCGUCAACGACACCAACAUCCAGACCACCUUCGCCGCCUCCCUACGCCGCGCCUGCCCGCCAGCCGGGGCCAACGGACCCGCCGGGAACAACACCCAGCCGCUGGACCAGACGCCGGCGAGCUUCGACACUCAGUAUUACAGGGCGCUGAUUCAGUCGAGAGGUCUGCUCCACUCCGACCAGCAGCUAUUCGGCAGGACGGCCAGCGCCACCAGCAACGGCCUCGUGCGGCUGUACAGCAACAAUCCCAAGAAGUUCGCGACGGAUUUCGCGGCGUCGAUGAUCAAGAUGGGGAACUUGAAGCCGUUGACUGGGAAGAAAGGGGAGAUUAGGAAGAACUGUCGCCGACCCAAUUAA